GCCUAGCUGGCUCGAUCACUCCUCCGGUCCCCGCUUGGGCGGCUGCGAUGAGCCCCGGAAGCAAGAGUCGGGGUGCUGGGUCACGGGAGCGGGCAAGUGGCAUUUGGGAGUUCUGCCGGAGCUUGGGCGCUCGCUGAUUGUGGGCCUGCUGUCAGCUUCACUUUGCUCCCCGAAGCCGAGUGGAAGUGGGAGAGCUGUUGGUGGGGAAGCUCUGCGCCUUCUUGUCGCACUCCCUGUUUUGAUGAGUGACAACUGUUUGAUGAGAGAAUUAUCCUAAACCCUGUCUGCCUUAUCUCGACUCAGUGGACCUGGAGCUGAUGCCAGCCCUGAGAUUUGCCGGGUUUUCAGGACCUUUCUCUAACUCUGGGACUCCUGUUCCCAGCCCAGGCGACACCCUAGCCAGCUCCUGCUCCUGCUACCCCUGCCAAAGCAGGGGAACAGGAAAGAAGGUGCUUCUAAUUGCUCCAGGCCCCGACUUUCCUAGGAUGAGGUGGGGCUGCUGUUUGUCCAGGACCUCUUGGGGCUCAGGUCUGGGAAGAACACCCCAGCUAUCAGAUGAGCAGAUCUCCUUUCUGACCCACUGGAGUUGGCUGUUUAAAGGGGUGCAUCACCUUGGGCCCCCUAGGACCUUUAUCCGUCACCAUGGAAACUCAGCAGACAGUGUUCCCCCACCAGGGAAGCAUGGACAGCUGUUCAGGAGCAUCUCUGCUACUGAAGCCAUCCAAAGGCAUCGCCGGAACCUCAUGGAGUGGUUUAGCCGGCUGCCCAGAGAGGAGCGUCAGUUUGGACCAACCUUUGCUCUAGACACGGUGCACGUUGACCCCGUGAUCCGCGAGAGCACCCCGGAUGAGCUGCUUCGCCCAUCCGCGGAGCUGGCCACAGGGCACCAACGACCCCAGGCUGGGCUGCCCCCACUGGCCCUGUCCCAACUCUUUGACCCCGAUGCCUGUGGGCGCCGUGUGCAGACCGUGGUGCUGUACGGGACCGUGGGUACUGGCAAGAGCACGCUGGUACGCAAGAUGGUCCUGGACUGGUGUUACGGAAGGCUGCCGGCCUUUGAGCUCCUCAUCCCCUUCUCCUGUGAGGAUUUGUCAUCCCUGGGCUCCACCCCAGCUUCCUUGUGCCAACUUGUGACCCAGCGUUACACACCCCUGAAGGAGGUGUUGCCCCUGAUGACCGCUGCCGGAUCCCGCCUGCUCUUUGUGCUCCAUGGCUUGGAGCGUCUCAACCUUGACUUCCGGCUAGCAGGCACGGGGCUUUGCAAUGACCCAGAGGAACCCGGGGCACCGGCUGCCAUCAUGGUCAACCUGCUGCGCAAGUACAUGCUUCCUGAGGCCAGCAUUCUGGUAACCACCCGGCCCUCUGCCCUUGGCCGUAUCCCUAGCAAGUAUGUGGGACGCUAUGGUGAGAUCUGUGGCUUCUCUGAUACCAACCUACAGAAGCUCUACUUCCAGCUCCGCCUUAACCAGCCCGAUUGUGGAUACGGUGCAGGGGGUGCAGGUGUCUCAGCCACACCAGCUCAGCGGGACAACCUGAUUCAGAUGCUGUCCAGAAACCUGGAGGGGCACCAUCAGAUCGCUGCUGCCUGCUUCCUGCCUUCCUACUGCUGGCUUGUCUGUGCGACCUUGCACUUCCUCCAUGCUCCCACACCUGCCGGCCAAACCCUCACAAGCAUCUAUACCAGCUUCCUGCGUCUGAACUUUAGCGGGGAAACACUGGACAGCACCCAUCCCUCCAAUUUAUCCCUGAUGGCCUAUGCAGCCCGAACUAUGGGCAAGUUGGCCUAUGAGGGGGUGUCAUCCCGAAAGACCUACUUCUCUGAAGAGGAUGUCCGUGGCUGCCUGGAAGCUGGCAUCAAGACAGAGGAGGAAAUUCAACUGCUGCAGAUCUUCCGACGGGACGCCUUGAGGUUUUUCCUGGCCCCAUGUGUGGAACCAGGACACCUGGGUACCUUUGUAUUCACCGUACCUGCUAUGCAGGAGUACCUGGCUGCCCUCUACAUCGUGCUGGGCUUACGAAAGACGGCCCUGCAGCGAGUGGGCAAAGAAGUUCUCGAGUUUGUGGGCCGUGUAGGGGAGGAUGUCAGCCUGGUACUGGGCAUCGUGGCCAAGCUGCUGCCCCUGCGGAUUCUGCCUCUGCUGUUCAACUUGCUCAAGGUGGUUCCGCGAGUGUUUGGGCGCAUGGUGAGCAAGAGUCGGGAGGCGGUGGCCCAGGCCAUGGUGCUGGAGAUGUUCCGGGAGGAGGACUACUACAAUGACGAUGUUCUGGAUCAGAUGGGUGCCAGCAUCCUGGGUGUGGAGGGCCCCCGGCGCCACCCAGACGAACCCCCUGAGGACGAAGUCUUUGAGCUCUUCCCCAUGUUCAUGGGGGGACUGCUCUCGGCCCACAACCGGGCCGUGCUGGCUCAGCUUGGCUGCCCCAUCAAGAACCUGGAUGCCCUGGAAAACGCCCAGGCCAUCAAGAAGAAACUGGAGAAGCUGGGUCGGCAGGUGCUGCCCCCCUCCGAGCUGCUUGACCAUCUCUUCUUCCACUAUGAGUUCCAGAACCAGCGCUUCUCAGCCGAGGUGCUCCGCUCCCUGCGCCAGCUCAAUUUAGCCGGUGUGCGCAUGACACCCCUCAAGUGCACCGUGGUAGCCGCUGUCCUCGGAAGUGGAAAGCACCCUCUGGAUGAGGUGAACUUGGCUUCCUGUCAGCUGGAUCCUGCUGGGCUACACACUCUCAUGCCUGUCUUCCUGCGUGCCCGGAAACUGGGGUUGCAACUCAACAGCCUGGGCCCCGAGGCUUGCAGGGACCUCCGAGACCUGCUGCUGCACCAACAGUGCCAGAUCACCACUCUGCGGCUGUCCAACAACCCACUGACAGCAGCCGGCGUGGCCUCACUGAUGGAGGGGCUGGCAGGGAACACCUCGCUGACACACCUGUCCCUGCUGCACACCGACCUUGGAGACGAGGGGCUGGAGCUGCUGGCUGCCCAGCUGGACCGCAACAGGCAGCUGCAGGAACUGAACGUGGCCUACAACGGCGCUGGUGAUGCAGCAGCCCUGGCCUUGGCCAAGGCUGCUCGGGAGCACCCUUCUCUGGAGCUGCUGCACCUCUACUUCAAUGAGCUGAGUUCAGAGGGCCGCCAGGUCCUGCGGGACUUGGGGGGCUCUGGUGAAGGUGGUGCCCGGGUUGUAGCCUCGCUGACAGAAGGAGCAGCGGUGUCUGAAUACUGGUCAGUGAUCCUUAGUGAAGUCCAGCGCAACCUCAACAGCUGGGACCCGGCUCGGGUCCAGAGCCAUCUCAAGCUGCUGCUUCGGGAUCUGGAAGAUAGCCGAGGCGCCACCCUUAAUCCUUGGCGCAAGGCUCAGCUGCUUCGAGUGGAGAGCGAGGUCAAGACCCUUCUGGAGCAGCUGGGAGGCUCUGGGAGCUGAGACAGUGACAGCUGUGACCUGGCUGUGGGACCACUGGCCCCCAAACCCUUCCCUGUAUGGCUUGCUGGCGUGCACAACUCCUUCCAGAAAGACCUGCAGUCAAAGCAAUGGGCACAACUGUGCUUCUCUGACCUACAAGUCCAGCAAGGACCCCAAGCUAGACUUCCCAAGGUCAAAUAUGGUGAGCGGAUGCUUGGAUAUGGAGGAUGUCACCUCUUCUUUUGCCUAGAAGGACUAAGAAGACUAUGACACUUGUGUGACAAAUUGCCCUGUGGCCCCACCACCGACCUUGCCUCUCCCUCCUCUGAUUCUGUUACCAAGGGGCACACCUCUCAUGUGUGCCUUGCUGGGGGCUCUGCCAUCCAGCAGAUGUACUGGGUGGCUUCCCAAUCCUGCCUUAUGCUCACCUCUGGACACAAAAUGCCCUCACGUGGUGCUUUCCCCAGCCUCAUGGCCCCCCAACUCCACAGGUAUCGAUGGCUCUAGGCCACUAGGGAUAAGUGUGCCCACCUUGCUGCUAUUAAAAAGCUGAGUGUCUUCCACUGCC